AUGUUCAAUGAUGAUGGUGAGUGCCUGGACCCACGUCUUCUCCAAGAGUUAUCAGGGAAUAUGAAGAACAGAGAAAGUAUCCAAGAACCUAGAUUUGAUUAUUACAACCAUGAAGUUCCUGAUAUUGACCUCAGUGAUUGUGAAUUCCCACAUGUCAUUGAAAUUUAUGACUUCCCCCAAGAAUUUCGUACUGAAGAUCUUCUACGGAUUUUCUGCACUUAUCAAAAGAAAGGAUUUGAUAUUAAAUGGGUGGACGAUACACAUGCCCUAGGAGUAUUCUCCAGUCUGAUUACAGCCCGUGAUGCUCUUGGUAGUAAACAUACCAUGGUGAAGAUCCGGCCCUUGUCACAGGCCACAAGAGCAGCCAAGGCCAAAGCUAGAGCUUACGCUGAGUUUCUCCAGCCAGCAAAGGAGCGUCCUGAGACUUCAGCAGCCCUAGCCAGAAGGCUAGUCAUCAGUGCCCUUGGGGUUCGAAGUAAGCAGAGCAAAACUGAACGGGAAGCAGAGCUUAAGAAACUGCGAGAAGCCCGAGAGAGAAAACGAUUGGAAGCCAAGCAACGGGAAGCCAUCUGGGAAGGCAGAGACCAGUCUGCAGUUUGA